UCGGUGUCGGGUAACGCGAUGCGGUCGAGUGUACGUCGAUAAGAAAUUCUCGAUAAACGAUCGAUCGAUCGUUCGAUCGAUUGUAAUGAUCGUCACAGAUCCGAACAAACGGUCCAGGAAGACGCUACAGUGGCCGAAAGGAUAAUUCGGAUACAGUGAAGUGUAGUUAGCUUGGUACGAUUCGGUGAAACGAGCUCCUUGACGAAGACGAGGUCGUUACUCUCGGCAAGAUUCUGUCUCCCAGGUACAGGGCGAGUCCUGGGGUGGCGACUGAGGCACCCGCGGGUGCCCGUAGCCCAAAGGAACCACCUACGUGCACCGUGAUGACGGUCCAUCAUCAUCAGAACCGGCACGUGGCCGCUCUGAGCGGUGUCACCGUGGCUAACAACGGUCUCAAUCUGACAAGGAUGUCCGGUCUUGAGGCGCAUAGGUUGGAAAACAUCGUCGAGAGAAACGGAAUCAGAGUCGAGCGGCAAUCGAAUGGCUUGGAUGCCUGGAAUAACAAUCAUAGCGGCAACAACGGCUUGGAACGCGGCGAUGCCUCGUCCUCGGCACCGCAAAGAUCCCGGUUCAUGAUCACCGAUAUUCUCGGUGGCGCGUCGAGCAAAGUGCACCAGGCUGGUCUGCAGACACAAGAAUCGCCCGGUAGCCCACCGUCGACGCCCAGAGACCUCAGCGUCAGACACCAGUCCAGGACAUCGUUGAACAACAGCAACCUCGACGAAGAUAGCGACGCUAGUCAUCACGACGGCGCUUCCGUUACUUCUAAUGGGGGCAAAGAGGACGACCCGAAAAGUUCCUCGUCCAACGCGCUAAGCUCGGCGCAGAGUAAGAAACAACGAAAGGCGCGCACAGCUUUCACGGAUCAUCAGCUCCAAACUCUCGAGAAGAGUUUCGAGCGACAGAAGUAUCUAAGCGUGCAAGACAGGAUGGAGCUGGCAGCGAAGCUACAACUGACCGACACUCAGGUUAAGACAUGGUACCAGAACAGAAGAACAAAGUGGAAGAGACAGACCGUGGUGAACUUAGAGAUAAUGGCGGAGAACAAUUUCGCGGUGGCGGCAUUCCAACAGCUAUACGGAAGCAGCGCGGCGGCGGCGGCGGCGGCAGCGGUUCCUGCGCACGCCGCGGCAGGACGAUAUUGGCCGUAUCCCAGUGCGCACGUCUUACCAACCAAUGGACUCUUUUACCAGCAAGCCUCGGCGGCCGUGACCUUGCAGAAGCCGCUUCCUUACAGACUAUACCCACCGACGAUGAUUCUUGCAGGACCCAGCAAUCCCCUAGGAUCCCUCACGGCGAGUUCCAGCUUGUCGAAUCUUAGCAACUACUACAGAGAUAGUCUACAGAUAGCCGACGGCAGGGACAGAGAAAGUAUGGAGAGAUCGAGCAGGCAAAGGGACAGAAGCAAAAGUCCCGCGCCGGGAGACAGGUCGCCGUUACGAAAGGAGGAGAGACUGUACGCGCCGGCGAUGGUCCAACCAGGUUCGAGUAAUAACCUCGGAACGCUCACCGUCAGUCCCAGCUUGUCGAAUUUGACCACCUAUUACAGAGAGAGUCCGGAAGUGACGGAUGGACGGGAAAGAGAGAACGCGAAUAGACCACCGAGACAGAGGGACAGGAGCAAGAGUCCCGUGUUUAGGGAGAGAUCGCCUAUGCGCAAAGACGACAGACUCUAUCCAUCGACGAUGAUCCAGGCGGGACCGAGCAACACCGUCGGCUCGCUAACUUCCAAUUUGGCCAACUUUUAUAGAGACAGCCCCGAUACGAUCGAGGGAAGGGAGAGGGAAAAUUUAAGCAGAGCAACCAGACAAAGGGACAGGAGCAACAGUUGCGACAGAUCGCCCAUGCGGAGGGGGGAGGACAGCCCUCAAAGCAUAAGGGCGGACAGCGACGAGGAGAGUAUACACGACAUCUAGGGCAGAACAGAUCGGGGAAAUUUCGAUACACCGAGGGUGGGGAUCUGCGAGACGCAACAGCAUCGACAUCGUCGAGGAUCGAUCGAUUUCUUCGAACGACCGUUCCAACUAAUUCUGCAACAAGCAGAAACUUUGGAGCAACGAAACGUUCAACAACACCUUGGCGGAGUAUUUCGUAAUAAUGCAGCUACGAAACGGAUAAUCGAAUGUCUAUUGGCACCGAGAUGCGAACAGGAAUUAACUAGUUUAACGAACGAAACUAGCGAUUUGCGAACCAUAAUGUUAUCUCGUAAUUUCAGCCAGCAGAUGCUUCCUCGAGCAAUUACCCUGUUUCCCGCUACUCUGCACUUACUCGAGGACGUAUGCAGACACAUUUCUGGUCGAUUCAACUGCAACGCUGUGCCGCGCCGCGCCGCGCCGCGCCGCUCGAAUUCCACACGAGCUAAACGCUUGCUCGAUUAUCCCAACUUGUUGUAAGUUUAAACGCAAAAAGUGUGAGACGAGAGUGCUGCGCGGAACAAGCGUCGUACGAUUAAUAAAAAAAAUUCACGAUUCGCACGUUUUUUUUUUAACCAAGCGACGAAACAAUAUGCCUAGUCGAUGCGAUCGUUCGAUAAAUCGGUAAAAGAAAAAUAAACGAAUUUGAUCGAUCCUAUGCACGAUUAAUAGACGUUUCUAUCGCUAUCGCAGAGUCGUCCAUAACCAAAAACUACAUAACUAAAAAGAGAACUCGAGCAGAUGUGUCGUGAUUUGAUAUCGACUGCCAAUCGUGUGCCUGCACAAACGUAAAAACGAGCGACUUCCUAUCGGUAAUAAAAAUUCGCCGAACGAAAUGUAGCAGUAACUGGCUAAAGUAUUAUAUUUCACGGUGUAAAUAAAAAGUGUUCGCUCGUCCACGAAGGGGGCAGAUAAAGUACAGGUUACAGAGCCGGCUAGACCCACCAUCGAGGACGGUUAUAGUCGCGCCAGGAAGCGAGCCAAUCGCGCACGAACGCGAAUCUACAAUUAAUAUGACAUUAGAGGGGACCUGGCUGCGGGGGAAGAAAUCUGAAAUGACACGAAAUUACACGCAAUCGGACGGGGGAAAAAAGAUUGGAAAAGAAGCGAAAGGAGGGGAGACUCUCGAGUCCCGGAAGAGGAGGGAGGGAGGUCGGUGGGACGUGGUCUCUCAAAGUAUUCAAAUAAUCGAGCGGUUCUCGUGUUCCGCGGCGAAACCGGCACUUUGCUCGCCGCCGUACGCUACCUCGACGACGAAAAAACUAAUUGGCUAAUUAACAUCGACGCGACAAUUUUACGAAUUACAAUUUAAAUACACCGGUUGUAUAUACGAUUCCGGCUCGAUACAUACGCUCGAUUUGCUACGACGCGACGCGACGCGACGCGACGCGACGAGACGGCGACGAAUUCGCGUUUAAACGAGAAAUUUGUAAAUAGCCGCGCGCGUAAACCGUACGCGCAGUUAGAAGCCGCCACGACACGGAACGUUUCUGAAACGUAAGCCGAUGCCAACCGCGAUGACGGGAGAAAUUUUCAAGUAUUUGCCAGAUCCCAAUACAUAUACGUAGAGGAACGCGGAGAGCGUGUUUAAACGACUCGAUCGUCUCGAUGUUUCGAAAUAUCCUUUGUUUUUCGUUCGCGUUAUUCGUUCGACGGUGCGGACACGACGCUGCGCGUUCGGCGAAGAAAUACCAGUAUUAUGAAUAUAUAAAUAUUAGACUGUACGAUGGAAAAUACAAAUGUUGCGGAGCGAUUAAAGAGGGGAAAGAGGAGAGGGAGGAGUCGCUCGGACGAGCGAGGCGCGCGUUUACGUAAAUCUGUUGGGACGCGCGAGCGUCCCACGGUAUCGUACGUCAGGUAAUGCA